GAAAAAUACAUUUUCCGAUGGCACAGCACCCACGACUUCGCCCUCACUUCGCCGCCAUGUUGCAAAAUCGCCGAUCCGCCGUCCCGUCAUGCCACGCAGCUUCGUCAUAUUACAGCGCCACCGCAAUGGCCAAUGAGAGCGCGCGGCGCAUGCGCAUCGACGCUUGCCCGCAACCGAAUUGCCGCCAACGACGAUCCACCGCAGAGUUUGAACUCGACCAUCGCCGAAGCUCUUCCCUCGUCAAAUGUGCCAUUAUUUUCAGUAAAACUAAAGAAACUGCAAUGUAUCAACCAGGUCCGUGGUGUCAACAGCAACAUGGAACUGCCAGAAAGAUUCCGGUUCUUACUUUUGCGCAACACAAAUAAGUGACAAGGGGCGAACCAACGAGAAACGGAGCGAUGACACGAAGACAGUUAAUACCUUUACGGAUUCAGUUCAUCAAGCUGUAAGUUUACAAACCAUUACUAUUACCAUAACUAGUAUUUUACAUCUUCUCUUCAUUCAACUCAAAGCACGACUCGAAUCUCUCUUCGUACCAAAUGAGUUAAUACGGUGGCUAUUCUUGGUUCGCG